GGCUUCACUUCCGUUUCACUCCCAUCACGACCAUGGAUAUUGAGUCACCGUUAGAAUAGGCUAGCUUAAUUUUUUUUUGUAACCAAAGACUAGCAAGGUUCUCUAUCAAUAUCCUUUAUUUUUCAUUUAGUAAUCUUUAAAGUUAAUCGCCAAACAUAUUUCCUAGGACAACAAGAGUCUUAAGCGUAACUGGAGCCAUGAGCUGUAUAAUGCUUUCUCAAAAUGGAGUCGUGGACGGAGCCAUGCACUACAGCUCUGGAGGAGGCACUUCUUCCCCACCGAAAGACUCCAGCAACGGCCACGUCGUGUCCAACGAUAACCCGAAAAGACCCAAGAGCCUAGGGGUGAAGACGACCAAUGGGUUUGCGUUAAAAAACAGCGAGGAAAUUGAAGACGGUUCGUUACCGUGCAGUCCGGAGCUCCAGUCGGACAGUGAGAUCGAUGAGUCCGGUGGCUCUGCGGGGAACGAGGUGCUCGAGAACGACACCAGGCAACUAAUUGGCCUGUUCUUCAGAGACUUUACUGGACUUUCCAAACCUCUGUGGAAUGAAAGCAGAGAACUAGGGACGAUGAAACGAGUGGUGGAGAACGUUUUGUCUAAGCACAGAUACGCAUACAAUGGUAUGAUCAACAAAUUGUCACUUGAUGACAGAGAGGAUGACGCUAGUUUUGUCAGUGCAGUAGCAACAAGCCUCUUUGCUGACGGGACCACCAACUGGGGUCGUAUCGCGAGCCUGGUGGCCUUUGGGGCAGUGGUCUGUCAGUACCUGAAGGAGAAAAACAGGGAGAACUGUGUGGAGCUGGUGGCCCAGGAGAUUUCCACAUACUUGCUAUCUGACCAGAGAGACUGGCUGGUCAAAAACAAUGGCUGGGAUGGCUUCGUUGAGUUCUUUCGGGAAGCAGACCCCGAGUCCACGGUGAGGAACACGCUCAUGGCCUUUGCUGGAGUUGCUGGUAUUGGGGCUACACUUGCCCUGUUGAUCAGGUGAACUUUUGGACACUCUGAGCCUUUUUUUCACUUGGUGGAUUCUCCUACUUUUGGCAACAUCUCUCAACAUUGAAAAUUGGACUUAAAUGGACUUAACUGCUGAGGCGAGGUUCCUUUCAUCUUCCACCCCCAACUGCCACUAAGUUGACCUAAAUGACUGGACUUAACGGAAAGAAGUCAACAUUAUUUAAAUUCAGAGAAAUUAUUUUUAUAAUCUAAAACAAAUGUUUUCCUAUGCAAAUUGAAACGAGGGUAAUGGGCAGUCAGUUGAACCUUCUGAUUAUGUUUUCUAUCAUAAUUCUUGUAAAAUUCCCUAGCAGUAAUGGUCUGUUGUUAAUAAGCCCUAGACCAAAGCAGGAACGUAAAGCAGCCAUUUUCAUGCAGUCACGAAGCCCAUUUUCAUAAAGCCAAUUCAUAUCCCCAGGUUCGUGUUACCUCAACGUGAGGGGGGGAGGAGGGGGAUUUGCGUGAGUGUAGCUCUGCUUCCUGAAAAUGUUGAUUCUAAACAGGAGCCUGGAAAGUUUGAGUGUGUUGGAAGAAAUAACCCAGGCGUUUGAGUUGGGUAGAUUGUGCUGGUCCAAUGCACCAAAGAUGACAGAAGUUGGGGAAGUUUGCUUGUCUUGAGACAGAAAGCAGACUUGGAUCAGGUUGUAAGCUAACACAUUUGUACAAGUUGUAAAAUAAAAAAAUAAUUAUAAUUCA